AUGGCGGACAGCGCAGCCCUGAGCCGGGACUCCGUGCUUGUUGAAGAUGUGACCAUAGACUUUACCCAGGAAGAGUGGACUUUGUUGGAUUUUUCUCAAAGGAAACUCUACAAAGAUGUGAUGAUAGAAAUAUUCAAGAACCUAUGCUCAGGAGAGUACACAGUGGAGAAAAGCCUUUUGAAUGUAAAGAAUGUGGGAAAACAUUUAUCUUUUUCUCACAGCUCACUCAGCAUAGAAUAA